AUGCGUGUCUUUACUGAUUCCUACAGAGACCUCGUUGAUCUCAGCACGCAGCAGUCUAAAAGGGCAGGAGAGUUUACGCUUCCUCCACUCCCGUAUCCAUAUGAUUUCCGAGCCAACAUUGAAUAUGAAAAAAAGGCCCUCGAACCCAUCAUCUCAAAAGAGAUAAUGACAAUCCACCAUGACAAGCACCAUCAAGCCUACGUCACGAACCUAAAUACUGCUCUGUCGAACCAAACACUUGCUCUUGAACAAUCUAGUAUUCCAAAGCUAGUUGAACUACAGUCAAAGAUAAAGUUCAACGGUGGCGGUCAUAUCAACCACUCGCUAUUCUGGAAGAACAUCGCACCCUAUGGCUCCAAAUUCACAAACGUCGACACGCAGGCUCCACUUCUCAAAGUAGCCAUCGAGAAGAAAUGGGACAAUUUUGAAAAGUUCAUAACCGAGUUUAACAAUGCUUUGAUUAACCUACAGGGAAGCGGAUGGGUGUGGCUGACAGCCAGUGAACUGAAGGGGAAAUUACACAUUCGCAGUACAAAAGAUCAAGACCCAGUUGUUGAUGCUGUGCCCAUCUUUGGCGUGGAUAUGUGGGAGCAUGCAUAUUAUUUGCAGUACGAAAACAACAAAGCGUCGUACGUGGCGGGUAUCUGGAAGGUCAUCAAUUGGCAGGAGGCAGAGGACCGCUUCAAAAAUGGAGUCGAGGGACUUGAUUUGUAA